CCAAAACACCGGAAAUUAUUAAACUAAAUUAAUAAUUGUUGCUUUUAAAUGAACGAAUAUGUAAAUUGAGGCUUGAUAAAGCUGCAUUUCUGUUUAAAAAGUGUUAGGGAGCGUCAAAAUGCUCAAAAUUAAAGCCCUCAAUCAGGAGGCUUCUUCAGAUGAAGAUGUUCCCACUAUCCGAAGAGAAGCACAGGAAGAAAUAGUCCUCGAACUGUAUAACAACGCUCUAAGGGCUCAAGCGCAAAAAGACUAUGAAAAAUCAGCCAGCACCUUGGUGCAACUUUUGGAAGAAAACAUUCCCCUACUAGAAAACAAUGGAGGCUUGCCCAAAUCCAUGUCCACAUUGAAAUAUUCUUGUCACGUUAACUUGGGUGAUAUUUAUUUGAAACAAGACAACCCCAAUAAAGCCUUGGAGAGCUUCACAGAAGCUUCAGAAUUGGAUGCAACAGAUGUAACUCUGUGGACAAAAAUAGGCAAACUCGCCUUGAAACAAGACAAAUUCAACAAGGCAGCGUACGCGUUCUCCAAAGGGCUAGAAUGCAGCGAAUCGCAUUGGCCUUGCCUGGACAACCUCAUUUCUGUUCUUUACGCCAUAAAAGACACAAUUUCCUGUUUGGUUUAUAUAGGCAAAGCUCUAAUGUUAGACUCUGAGUAUAUAAAAGGCAUGGUUUUGAGACAGCAAAUUUACACAAACAAUCCCGCUACAAAAGAAUAUUAUCAGUUGUACAAUUCAGAACAUAUUUGGGAACCAGCUGAUAUUGAAAUCGAUAAGGAAGAUAAAGAGGAAAUUUUAAAAGAAGCUGAAUUGUUGUGCAACAGAGUGACUGAAGCUGAGGAUUUGUUGAGGUUUAAAGGGUUUGAAACUAUACCUUUGCCUAAAACUUUGGAAGAUUACACUUGGCUGUCUUUAGCUAAAACUGUUAUAUAUUGUCAUCAAUAUAUUACAGAUCAUAAUAUGGGUCAUUUAACAUUAUUUGAUAUGAGCAAAUGCAUGAGUCAAUCAGGCGAACUGAAAAUAAUAGAGGAAGCUCCACUGGCCAAAGAAAGCAACAAGUCAAGUGAUACAGAUAAUGCGGUUGAAAAAAUCAACAGCGAACCUUCAACAAUAGAAAGAAGGUUUUCACAAACCAGCGAAAAUACUGGAGGCAAUGAUAAUCAAGACAACACACCAUCACAAACCGAUAACGAUGAAGAACAAAACAUAGACGUUGAUAAUGACGUCGACAACGACGAAACGGAUCCUGAAACUCAAAAACGCAAAAGUAAAAAACGCAAAAGAGAUGUUUUAGUGGAUUUGCAAAUAUGGGGUUGGCACAGCAAACGUAAAACCCCCAAAAAAUCCAACAAAGAUUUUACAGUUGAGGAUGCCCUGAAUCGUGUAUUACCAAAAACCUUAUUGAAAACUAAAAUAACCAAACAAGCAGUCAAUCAAACUGAUGAUUCAAUGAACACCAUGGAUAUUUAUAAUAUGUAUGUUGAAAAUGAGGAGCUCAACUUUUUGUCUCCGAUACAUUCACCUAAAUCUGUAAAUUUUGAGGCCUAUUUUGGUACGGACAGAGAAAAAGACGAUGUGCUCAAUUUUUGGACCAAGGAACGUUCUAGAAUCGAUGCCAUUGUUUUAAUCAAAGAAUUAGUGUUUGAGUUGGCCAAAUUGUGGCAGUACAAAUGGCCCAAGGAACUCGUGCCUUUAUACAUCAAGGCUUUCCAAAUGUUUAGAGAACAUUUCGACCAACCUCAACCUUUCUGUGGCGAUCACACCUUUGAGCAAAUCAGAGAAGAUGCAUUGGCGUCCCUCCUCUACUGUGAAUUAGUGACUUUCAGCUCUGAAACAUCAGAAGCAGCCCACCCAAGCAUAUUGAGCUACUUGCAGAUUGUUAGUAGCUGGAGUGAAGAUUGGAAAGAUGAAUUUUCGAUAUUCUUUACUAGAUUCUAUUGGCUUCAGUCGCACUGCCUCAGAAAAACUGACUUCAAUGAAGUGGCAAUUGUAGCUUUGGAAGCUGUUCUUGCAGAAAUUAAUGUUAAAGAAUCCAAUGGGGAUAAAUUCUCUUUGAAUAUACCAAACAGCUUUAAGUACGGUUACAUUUCCAAACAAAUCAUUGAAAAAAUAAUUAAUCAUUUGAAUAUGAUUAAUUCUUUGGGUAAUGUAGAGCAAUUGUUCAAUGCGCAAAAUUACACAGAAGCGGCUGAAAUUUUAAAGCAAACCUUCCUAUCAGGGAUUUAUUCUAAAGUGGGCAGAAUGGGGCGUCCCGCACAAUUGGGUAUUUUAAUGCACUCCCUUUAUUACACAAAUUGGGAGGAAUGUUUUAUUUGGACUGAAGAGUGCUUACAUGAAGCUGUAGUGAGCUACUCAAAACCUAAUUCAGAUCAAGACAAAUGGGAGAUGAUAAUUAAAAAAUGCCUACUCAUAUUUCAGGAAAUUAUUAAAAAGGAAACUGUAAGCAUCAUUGAUAAGCUCAAAGAAGACAAACGGUGCAGAUUAGUUGAAAGUUUAGUUAAAAUUGUUUGCAAGCAAUUGAAUACUGAAAAUACUGAAAUACCUCUUGGUACUAUAACACCGUGGAUUUUGUUACAUUAUGUCUUAUUAAGAGAAGAGCAAAGACAAUAUGCCAAUAAGCGAUUGCACCAAGCCAAACGAUCAGACUUGGACAGCACUUUAGAACCAAUAGAAGAAGAUCUACCACCCUCAAUUGCCAUUUUGUUUUCAGCACACGAAUUUUUGGGUCCCAAAUGUUGGUGUUUGACUGGAAAUGGAGAGCUACUACAUUUUAUUUUGGAUACAAUUCUGGAUAGAUUGGAUACACCUAUUUUUGAGCCGUUUAGAGACAAAAUCGAUAUCCACAUAGAGCAAGCAUUAUUUUGCCUUUACUCAUAUCCAAGUAAAAAAAAUAAAAUUUCCCGGCACUUGGUUGACCACAAUGUCAAUCCAAUUACACUUACAUGGGAGGAUUCGUUCCAGUUGUACCAAUAUUACGCCCCUGAAAGCUUGCCCGAAUUCAACUCUUACAAACAUCAGUCAAUUUCCAGUGAUUUAGAGCAGCUGUUUAAGAAAAUUAUAGAAGUUGCACCAAUGAAGUGCGCCUUACAAGAACACUUAACAAAAAUUGAGGAGUUUAUUCAUGGCAAAACCAAAGAGUUGCCUCAAGCUAUGGACUUUCCUGGAAAAGUACGAGCCAUUUAUUAUCUAUUAGGUGAUUACCACUUUAAAGAAAAAGAAUUCGCCCGCUGCAUCAAAUAUUUCCAGCUGGACAUUUGCAUCAAUCCGAUGCGAUUAGAUUCGUGGGCCUCCUUGGGUCUCGGCUACGCGGCCCAGCUGGAAGGUUUACUGAACUACUGCGAAAAAGUCGAAAACGAAGCCGACUUUUUCGACAAAGCAAAAUCUGCCCAAAUUUGCUACAGAAAAGCCUUGGAAUUGGACCCGGAAAACUUAAUUUUGUGGAUCGAAUGUGGUUCUUUUGAGUAUAUGGUGCACUCGUUUUGUUCUAGAUUGAUCAAGUUUGAAUCUGAGAAUUUCAGCAUGGAGAAGUUUGAAAUGUUUGAAACGCAAAAGGAAAGCUAUUUGGAUAGUUCUGGAGUUAGUUUGGAGCAUGCCAUAAGCCUUUAUGAAACUAGUGGGUCUAAUGAAGCUGAUGAGCGCUGGUUGCAGUAUUAUAUUUUAGGGAAAAUUGCCGAGAAGAAGCGCAAAGAACCUGCAGAAUAUUUACACUAUUAUAUGUUGGCAAACACUCUGUUAAACGAAAACACAGCCACUUAUCCCGAUAAGAUCAACUACAACAACCCUCAGCAUUUAUCUGUCGAAGCCCUAGAACUUCAUUACAGAGUGCACGCUUCAGUAUUGAAAUACAUGGAGCUUCACGAAGGCAAAGAGGUUUCAAACAGUGUGGGUGCUUUUUUUAGAAAGUGCCUCAAUGCUACUACCAAGCAUUAUCAAUCUAAACCUGUCAGCAAUAGUAAUCAACUGACAACAGCAAAAAAUGAAGAAGAGACUCAGCAAAUAGUCAAAAAAUGUUUGGACGAGCUUUUGAAUAGAGUUGAUGAAACUAUUAAAGAAAAUGCUCUUAAAGAAAAGGCCGAAGAAAACAUGGAUGCUACUGUUGUUGAACCAGUUGAAGACAUGGAUGUGACUAUUGUUGAACAAGUAGAAGAUGUAAUGGUUAUAUCAGAUUCAGAAGAUGAAGAUCAGAAGACGAAUUGUAAAGUGGAUGUUGCUGAAACCGCAGUGAAGGAUAAAAAGGAAAAUGGAGUAGAAAAAGUUCAACGCCCACAAAUCGUAAAAGCUAAAGCCAAAGGCGACAGCGAUACAGAAAACCGCAAAACAACCGACUCCAGCAAUACAUCAUCAUCCAGUAGCGACAGCAGCAGCUCAGAUUCUGACAGUGACGACAGUUCUUCCAGUUCCAGCUCAUCAUCUUCUGAGUCUUCAAAUGAAAACAUGUCCAACAGCGAAACUUUACAGUUAGUCGACAAGUGCAUUCAAGGCUUGGAAACUUGCAUAUUACGCUUGCCGCACAACUACAAAGCCCUUUACAGGUUGGCGCACGUAUUUUUCCAUUACAAGGGCCGCAAAGAUUUUACCAAGUGCAAACAAUUGUUGCUGGGAGAGUAUAAGUGCAAAGAUGAUACUGUCAUAACUGGUUUGUUUUCAGAAAGAAACAACAAAAACUUUUUUAAUGGUAUUUGGCGUAUACCGUCUACAGAAAUUGACAGGCCGGGUUCUUUGGCUGCACACAUGAAUAGAUGUUUGAGUUUAGUACUUCAAGUGCUGAGGAAUACAAAUGAUACCAAAACUCUAAUGGAUAUGUAUGUGCAGUUGAAGCGCAGUCCUGACAGAGAUAAAAUCUAUAUUAAAGACAGCGACAGGAAUAGUUACGCUGAUCAAGCCUUGGAUAUGUGUAUCCAAAGCUUCAGAGCCCAAAUAAAAGAUUUGGCUACAAUACAAAAUCAACAAGCUUUAAAAUUACUGCACGAUGUAUACAGGGCUUAUCAGCGAGUGCAGAAACAUAAUAUACCCGGCAAAGAAUCGAUUUUUACCAAUAUGCUUACAGAAACUUAUAAAAGAUUCACUAAAGAAAAUAUUCCGGAGACUGUUAAUUUACUAGAGCUGGCAGUCAAAUUUUGCCAACAAACAAAACCCACUUUGAAAAAACCUCAGCCGCAAAAUACUAAUGUUCCACCAACAAAUAAAGUUGUCAGUAGCGUUCCAGUACUUCCAACUCCGCCAGUGCUUCAAAAACCUUUAAAACCGCCAACUUUGGGCCGCCCUAGAGGGCGCCCGCCUUUGCCAAAAGUUCCAGGGCAACCUCGACAACCGCGACCCAAAAGCCCAGGCAGUUACGCAACAUACGGCCAAAACAACAUGUACGGCUACUUGAAGCAGUACCAAGAAGAGCUAAUCAAACAGUACAGUCAAAAUUUAACUUUGACUCAGCUACAGCAAAUGACUAGUUUUUUUGCUAGUGGGCAAUUAAACAAUCCAGCUAUGGCCCAAGCGGUUACAAGUCAAUUAAUGACUCCGAGUGGCAUUUUGAAUUCUGCAACUAAUGUGUUCAAUAGUACAGCUGCCAGUAGGAGUUUAGUACCAAAUUUGACUGCAGAGCAAAUUAAAUAUUUAAGCUCAAAAGAAGUACCAAAAGCAAAUGUUUUCAAGGAGCCUAAAGCUACUGAAGAUAAAAUGUUUAUGAAAGAUAGGCCAAAUAUUUCAAUUACGCCUGUCAGCCAAUAUCCUACAAUAUCGCCUAGUUUUGUCAAACAAAAAAAAGCCAAAACUUACAGUUCGACAAUAACUUCCGCCCCGAAAUUGCCAACUCACAGUUUACCUAAACCUGCUCAUACUAUGGCGAAAACAGUUACGCCGCCUCCAGUUUCCAGUCCAUCUUUCAAAACAAGUCCUGGGAAAACUUUGCAGGAAAAACUGGCCGACAAAAAGAAGGAACAAGAAACCAAGAAUCUGUUGCAGACCAGCAGCAAGCCGAGCGCUUUGAAGGGUUUAAACAUUCCGCCGUCUUUGUCCGUGUGUCCCAGCAACCUGUCCGUGAACCCUUACGCUAAAAAUCAACAGCCAUAUUCGAAGUAUUCUAAAGCCAAAGCUGCAACGAGUGUGCACGGCAUGAACUUGCCGCCUGGAUUGUCGGUUUCUCAAAGUUUGCCGGCCAAUGCGUUUCCUGUGAGAGUUCCUAAGGAAUCUGGAUUGUCCAUAACACAGGUACGAAAAGACCCUUCAAGAUUUGCAAAGGGCUCUACAACUGUUUCCAAAAACAAAUCAAUGGAAAUAACCAAGCUUAAAUCUAAGUCGCCUACUACUGGAAAUGUUGCGGAAAAUCAAGCACUGGCUGCCAUUAAAAAUUUAUCAUCCAUCCACGUUAUACCUUUGGGGACAAAACAUAAACCGAAAACCGAUGAUGACAGUGUUAUUUGUUUAGAUUAGGAAAUAUAUUACGUAUUUAUUAUUAUUAUUAUAAAAAUGUUGCUUAAGUUAAUAAAGUAUUCCUUAUUCCUGCGAAUCACUUUCACUGUCAUUCCCACGAGUUCCACUUGAUUGCGUUUGCUGCUUCUCCUCGAACUUCGUACAUCGAACAUGAAGC